GGCUUCACAACAUUUUCAGAUUUGAAGAAAAAAUGGCGGAAAAUAUGCAGCCGAAGUCUGACAGGAGCAGCCAGCCAGCAUCCCCCAACCCCACCCACAGUUCCCCAAACAGAGGGAGCCUGAUGAGGCAGCAGCACCUGGAUGUGAGUCUCAGCAGGUGUGUGGAGCCUGGAGGUCAGGGCCUCCUGCCAGGCAGCCCCAGUCCAGCCCCUCCCAGAGAGGGCCCAGCCCAGCUAGCUACAAGUAUCCCCGUGAGCCGGAGCAGCUCCGCAAGCUCUUCAUUGGUGGGCUGAGUUUCGAGACCACCGAUGAGUUUGCGGAACUAUUUUGAACGAUGGGGAUCCCUCUCAGAUUGUGUGGUGGCGGCUAUGGUGGAGGCCCCGGCGGGUAUGGUGACGGCAACCAGGGCUAUGGCGGAGGAGGUGGCAAUGGCAACCAGGGUGGCAGCUGUGGAGGAGGAUACAACAAUGACAGAGGCGGCGGUGGUGGUAACUACGGAGGUAGUAACUAUGGAGCUAACGGUGGCGGCAGCAGCACAGCUGGUGGUGGUGCUGGAGAUUACAAGGACUUUGGCAAUUACAGCAGCCAGUCGUUGUCGUCCAGCUACGGCCCAAUGAAAGGAGGUGGCAGCUAUGGCAGUGGAGGGGGCAGGAGCAGCGGCCCAUAUGUUGGUGGCAGCUACAUUACUUAGGUGAGGUGACCAGAAAAGAAGCAGCAGGUUUACCUCCUAUAUCUGCUCAGCCAAGCACUGCCACAUGAAGAGAUGUACAGUAGACAAGGAAAAAUAAUGUGGAAAGGGAAGGAGGAUACUGGGUGGGUCAAACCGUUCUUGUCAAAAUACUUCCCAGCAGGAUUAUAUGGUUUGGUUAUUUUUGAAGUGUAAAGCAUUCUGAGGUUUUAUGUAGGUAUUUUGAUUUCCCUGUACCGAUAGGGUGUUUUUAAAGGUUUAACUGCCACCAAAUCAAGAUCAAUAAACCGCUUUUCAGUUCAGUUUUUUUACAUGUUCUAAUUUUGGUUGAUGGGUUCCUGUUGAUUGUCUUACAUGAGAUGAGCACUCAACAGCUGAGUAGAUGGUACGAAGUGUUAUUGGAGAAUCAUCAAUGAUCAGAGUACUUACGCUAUGUUCAUAUUCAGUAUCAAAGCAGGUGUCAUUGUUUACAAAAGUUGAUUUUCAUUUAGAUUAUUUACCGCCAUGCCCUUGAUUUGAUUUGAUGGUGAAAAUAAAGGUCAAAGGCCUUUUUGCUUCGGGGCCGCCGAGUUGGUUUCUCCCCAUAAGAUUAGCAUUGUUGUCAAUGGACAAAAUAUGUUUUCUUAAAGGCUUCUCUGUUGGCUCAUAGCUUCACAAUCAAUUGGAGUCUAGUUUACACACACAACUUGACUAGCCAUUCAUUUGGAGGAGCCAGCUGAGAGGGAGAGAAGUAGCAAGAUCCCCGCCAGUGAAGCAGGGGGCAGCAGCAGUCUGAGUACAGAUGAUUGCUCUUGUAAGACUAGCGAGAGGUAGCUCGAGAAAGAAGGGGUAUUUUAUACCAUGCUGUUAGGUAAGAUAUUUUUGAUCAACUUGUAUGUGUAACACUCACCUUUUGUAUAUAUGUUAGCAGUCCAUGUCACCUCUCAGGGCAAAUGAACUAACAUGGACUCCAUAGGAGUUUUAUUCCAGCAAAAUUAUUUAUUCUUAGAAAAGGAGGGCUAUAGCAGUGUUUUGGGAUGCCAAAAUAACUGAAUGAUGCCAACCUUGACUGCUAUCCUUGUACCGUUGCAUUUAUGACAACAUACGUGGCCCAAUGUCCUCAACAUUUAUCACUAGAUCUGGCAUUUGUAGUGCAUAAAAAUCUAGAAUAAAAUCACUCAUUGCUUUAAUAAUGUUUAUGUACUUUCUCUAUUUCUCUUUUCAUUUUAAGGGCUGUAAGAUGUCUGCUCCAGUGCACCUAAUCUUGCACCUCUCAUCCCUACACCUGUACUGGGAUGACCGGCAGUUGCAGGACCAAUCUUGACACCAUGGGUAUGCUGGAUUAUUUAUUUUUACGUGUAGCCACCUCUGCUUGAUGUAUUGGCCACACAUCCGAUUAUUUAAAGAUGAGAUAUGCUUUGUGUGGCUAAACUAACUUUCUAAUUGUUUUAAUCUUUGUCUUUCAGUGUCAUUUUAAAUUAACAGAAGGGACACAACGGGAAUACUGAUGGACAGUUAUAUUUAAACUUUUGUACUA